GCCCGCCGAGCGCCGCCCACGGACUUCCGGUGGCCGCUGGCGGAGGCGCUCUGGCUCACGCGCCGGUGGCGGCGGCGGCGGCAUGGAGGACAGCGACUGGCGCAGCGCCAACUUCCGGCAGAAGCUGGUCAGCCAGAUUGAAGAUGCCAUGAGAAGGGCUGGUGUUGCUCACAACAAGACUAGCAAAGAAAUGGAAAACCAUGUUUUCAUGAAGGCCAAAACACGGGACGAAUAUCUCUCUCUCGUGGCAAGACUCAUCAUCCACUUUCGGGAUAUCCACAACAAGAAGUCCCUGGCCUCUGUCAGUGAUCCAAUGAACGCACUGCAGAAUCUGACUGGUGCCCCACCAGCAGGACCCGGGGCCAUGGGGAUGACUUCUCGUCCCCAGGGGACCUCGCUAGCUGGGAUGAGCGGAAUCGGUCCCCCCAUGGGGCAGUCAAUGAGUCUUCCGGGGCAGCAGCCUCCAGGACCCUCUGGGAUGGCCCCUCACGGCAUACCAAACAUCUCUGCGGCCACCCAGCCGACCCAGCUACAGUUACAGCAGAUGGCGCAGCAGCAGCAGCAGCAGUUCCAGCAGCAGCAGCAGCAGCAGGCAGCUUUGCAGCAGCAGCAGUUCCAGGCCCAGCAGUCAGUAAUGCAGCAGCAGCAGCAGCAGUUCCAGGUGCAGCAGCAGCAGCAGCAACAGACAGCAGCUGUAGCGCAGCAGCAAAUGCAGGCGGUCCAGCAGCAGCAGCAGCAAAUGCUAAAGUUGCAGCUUCAUCAGCAAAGCCAGCAGCAGAUGCAGCAGCAGCAGCAACUGCAGCGAAUUGCUCAGAUGCAGCAACAGCUGCAGCAGCAGGCUGCUCAGGCUGCUCAGGCUGCUCAGGCUGCUCAGGCCCAGCAGCAGCAGCAGCAACAGCAGCCCCCGCCACAACCACCGACACAGCCGCCGCCGCCACCACAGAUGCAGCAGCAAGUGGCUCAGGCCCCACCUCCAUCGCUUCCGCCCCAGCCCACGGCCUCCCAGGCACAGGCUGUUCCGGGGCAGAUCCCUGGCCAGGUCAUGUCCAUGGCCAUCCUGCCCCAGCAGUUAAAAGCCAUGCAGGUCAGAGCUUUGCAGCAGCAGCAGCAGCAGCAGCAGCAGCAGCAGCAGCAGCAGCAGCAGCAGGCGGCUUCCCAAGUUCAGGCUGCUCAGAUGGGAGCAUCAAGCCAGAUGAUCACCGCAAGUAUGGCCCGAGGUGGGAUGCAAAUAAGACCACGGUUCCCGCCUACCACCGCUGUCUCUGCCACGCCUCCAAGCACCAUGCCUUUGGGUGGACAGCAAAUGCCUCAGGUCAGCCAGAGUAGCAUCACAAUGAUGUCUUCUCCUUCACCGGUCCAGCAAGCUCAGACACCCCAGCCGAUGCCUCCUCCGCCUCAGCCACAGCCUUCUCCUCAGUCCGGGCAGCCCAAUUCCCAGCCCAAUUCCAAUGUUAGUUCUGGCCCGGCCCCAUCUCCCAGCAGCUUUCUCCCCAGCCCUUCUCCACAGCCUUCUCAGAGCCCAGCAGCUGCACGAACGCCACAGAAUUUCAGUGUCCCGUCUCCAGGGCCGCUCAACACACCAGGCAAUCCCAGCUCUGUCAUGAGCCCAGCCAGCUCCAGCCAGUCUGAGGAGCAGCAGUACCUGGAGAAACUUAAGCAGCUGUCCAAGUACAUUGAGCCUCUGCGGAGGAUGAUCAACAAGAUAGACAAAAAUGAAGACAGGAAGAAGGACCUCAGCAAGAUGAAGAGUCUCCUGGAUAUUCUGACAGAUCCUUCGAAGCGUUGUCCUCUGAAAACUUUGCAGAAAUGUGAAAUUGCUCUGGAGAAGCUCAAGAAUGACAUGGCCGUGCCCACCCCUCCACCCCCUGCAGUGCCUCCCACAAAACAGCAGUAUUUGUGCCAACCAUUGCUGGAUGCCGUCCUUGCAAAUAUCCGCUCACCAGUCUUCAAUCAUUCCCUGUAUCGAACUUUCAUGCCAGCUGUGACUGCCAUCCAUGGCCCCCCUAUCACGACCCCAGUACCUUCCCCUCGGAAGCGGAAAUACGAAGAUGACGAAAGGCAGACCAUACCAAAUGUACUGCAAGGGGAGGUCGCGAGACUGAAUCCGAAGUUCUUGGUGAAUCUUGAUCCCUCCCAUUGCAGCAACAAUGGCACAGUCCAUCUCAUAUGCAAACUAGAUGACAAGAAUCUUCCGAGUGUUCCGCCGCUGCAGCUCAGCGUCCCGGCGGAUUACCCAGACCAGAGCCCCCUGUGGAUCGAUAACCCUCAGCAGUACGAAGCCAACCCUUUCCUGCAGUCCGUGUAUCGCUACAUGAUGUCCAAGUUGCUGCAGCUUCCGGACAAGCAUUCGGUGACCGCCCUCCUGAACACCUGGGCCCAGAGCAUCCGGCAGGCCUGCCUGUCUGCCGCUUGACCCCGGCCCACCAGCCGGGCACCAGACGCGAGGCACUCGCGGGCUGGUGGGGCAGGAGCCCGGCCUUCCUUGGGCGCUGGAGGCGACGCUUAGUGCUUGCGCUGCUUCCGCUUUUGUAGGCAAGUCAGCCGCUUGAUGCCGGGGCGAAUUUUCAGUUUUCAGGGGAGAUUAAAAGGCCUUCUUGGAGAAGAGCUUGUGGAAAACAAACCCGGCUACGGGAGUCUCCCUAGCAGGACAACGGCAGCCUGCCCAACACCAACGCGUGCCCUCGAUUGGCCAGAGUGCAGACUGCACUUUGCUUCUCACAGGUCACAAGGCAGUGCGCCAGCGUGGCUGUGCCAGGCAAUUGGGACCGAGGCAGAAUCUCCAGCUCUUAGUGCUCAACGGUUGACAUUUCUGAAACUUCAGUUUCAGAAAUCUGACUGUUUGGACAGCUUUCUCCACCUUUGCAGAGUUUCUGAAUAUUGGCUUGCAAUGUUAAGGCAGCAUCCUGGUUGCUGACAUAUCUGUAAAUCUCAGAGUACUGUCAUUUUGAAGAUUUUCAAGUAAUUACUUUGUAAGAUGCUGAUUAAUUGUAGUACAACAGUUGCAGCAUUUCAGACAUGAAUCAUUGCAUUUGUUUUAUUGUAAUAAAUCUAACGUUACAGUGUUUAAUACCCA